GUGCUCCUGUGGAUUCUUGCCGCCGUCGCGAUCGCCUGCUACUGCGCCAGAAAAGCGAGGAGGCGGCGGCGCGAUGACGAAGGCCCGCCCCUUGUCGCGGCCCCGAACCUGGAGGACUUCAAGAUGGCCGACCCGCGCGACGGCAAGGAGGGGCAGGUUGUGGCCGUGGUCGGCUUCGGCAGCGAGCUGAAUUCAUCCUGCAACGCAGGCCCGGUGCGCGUGCAGAGCCCGCCAGCCGGAGCCCUUAGAGCCUUCUGA